UUCAUUCCAUCUGUGCAGGAUCUGUGCUGGAGUCCAGACUUGACUCCUCCUUCCUCUCUGCCUCUCACCCUCCCCCAUCCUGUGUAAAAACAAAUCUCCUUUUCUGCUCUGAAAGUAUUGAGUCAACAAAUGUCACCACAGCUAGACGGGGGCUUCUGAGUAGGAGGAGGGGUCUCCUUUUCUUAAGACCGAAGCACGGCAAAAAGUGGAUCAUUUCCAGAGAAGACACACCUGUUAGUUUGGAUUCUAAUGGUUAAAUUAAAGUGUUAUUUAGCCAUUUUGGGGUCAAAUGUGUGAUAAUCUUCAGCUCUAAGUGAAACCUGACACAUCUUUAUAGAUAUAGAAAAGCUAUGCGUAAAGGUUCAGUUGAUGCAUGCUUGAAGGAGAUAUAUAUCUCUCUCAAGCCCACGUGGCCGGUGUCAACAGGAGGAGGAAGAUCUUCAGCAGAGGAAUGAGGUAAACUGUGCUUCUUGCACACAAGCAGCAGAGUUUCUCUAAAAAUGAGCCAACGGUGUUCCAAAAUAAGAUGGCUAGUUUUGAUCAUAACUUUAAAACAGGUCUUUUACACAAAAUGGAAAGUCUCUAAACCUAACUGAAAAAAGAAAAAGACCAAAUUUCAAAAUAGGCAUUGAGAAAGGGAGGGAAAACCCCUGAGUCACCCUGAGUUAACUUCCUGUCUUAUUAAAAGGAAGAGGUGGUGGCAGCUUCUGCUCUGCCUCAGUCAGACAGUUGGGACCCAUGCAAUAUUGAACACAAAGUGCACUAGUUAGGGGGGUGGAGUCCUGCCUUCUGCACAGAAAUCCACUCCAGUGCUUCAGGGUAGCCAUCAUAGUGUUCACUAUUGUGUACGGCUGAGGGAGGAAGAAAAAAAGAGGGAGCUGAGGGGGGGGGGACCUGUCUCUUUGUGUGAGAAGGACUCAGCAGGAAAGUGUUUUUUUUUUAUGAAUUUGUCUUUUUGGAGGUUGUUUCUACAGGGAGGCUAUUCCCCUUGAGCUGCAGCAGGAUCUUCUCCACUUUUAUCCGUGCCUAAGCUGCCUUACUCUAGACUGACCCACAAGUAUGCUCCUCCGGCCGGCAAAACAGCAACACCCGGACUUCUCCUGAUGAUGAGAGCCAACGUCAGACUUAUUUCCAUGAAUAUUGAUGUGGAGCAGAGACUGUUUCAUAGAACAGAAGAAGGCAAGAUGGCUGCCCUUUAGGAUUUGUUAAAGAGGCAAUCCAGACGAUUUGCUGGAAUCUCUACAAAGUGGAGGGACAUAAAAAGAAGGUGGGACAGAGGGCAGGCUGGUGUAUGGGCUCUGAGAAGGCCAGAUGGAAACAGAAGAGGCCAAACAUGAGGCGGAAGAAAGUCUGAUGCUUGGACCAUUGGGAACACCUCAUCAUUGUUCUCGCAAAUUCCAGAAUGGAGCCCGGUGUUCACAGGAGGAGUCUCUGCAGUUCGGCAAUGGUGAGAGCUGGAUGACCGGCGUGGUGCACUACGAGCCCAGCAAAGCAGCUGGCUCCAUGAAGAGAUACAGGGAGAACUGCAACGCUCCUGCCUCCGAACAAGCACCCUUCCCCUCCGGGUUCUACAAGAUGAACGGAGAUCUAAUGAACGGAGACUUGAAGCGUGGAUUUCCUGAGCAGUCCUCGCCGGUCCACCAGCUGAAGAAAAUGAAAACAGAUGUUGAAAUGAAAGAAAACGGUGACUCAACCUAUAAUUUGGUGAAAACUGAGUCAAAGAAAACUGAAAUAGAACACAGUUCUGGUCAGACUAAUAUUAAUUUUGAUAUUAGGAACUGUCACAUAUCUAAUGGAGAUAUUUUUAGUCUACCACGUAAUAAGCCUGGUCCAAAUGGUGCUGUAUCUUCUUCCUCAACCAUAGAAAGCACUCAAGGUGAUCUGUUGGAGAAAACCCUGUCUCAGUAUUAUCCUGAGCAAGUGUCCAUCGCACCGCAAGCAUCUGGAUCACAGCUGGAUACUGUCAAUGACUCAUUAGCCACACACUCGGAUGAUGAAGGUGCCCAACCCCCUCCUCUAACCUCUGGCUUGUCAGAGUCGCAGCAGCCGCUGGAAGCAUCUGCAGAGGGCAGGAAUAGCUACAACUCUGGCAACUAUUUAGUAAAUGGAUCUUCCAAUGACUUUGGACUUAACCAUCAUCAGCAACAGUCUUCAUCCUGCCAUGGUCAGGAAAUGGCUCUGGGGGCACAACAACAUCCCAAUGGGGGACAGUGUUUUCAAGAUAUUGCAAACCUUCAGGGUACAUACACAAAAACCCAACAGGUGUACAACCCAAGGUCUUUUCUGAACCACAGUAAUUCCUUGCAGACAUCAGAGUCAGGCGGAUACGGAUCCCAUCUUAACUCUAGUGUAGACGAGAACAGACAGAGUGAAAAACUUGGAGCCGGUCUGCAUCAUGACACCAGCAUGGGAUUCCAGUACGGGACUCCAAAUCAGAACUUCCAAGAUAAUACUGGGCAGCAGCAUAGACCUGAUAGCCACAUGGGAACUGACCUCCAACAGCAAAAUCAUAUGGGGUCAUUAAACAGUAUGAAGAACACACACCAACAGGGAGCCAAUGUUUCCUGUUCCACACCCAGCCAAACAAAUUGGAUGGAAAGCAAUCUCUCACAUUCCCGUCAGCAGCUGACACAACGCCCGCCAUCCGAAGCAAAAGAGCAAGGAAUAUGGAGGGACUUCCCUGCUAAGUCUCAGUCAGAACAGCAAACCGCCAGCCCCCAGGUUUAUAACCAGACAGAUGAGCCAGACCCAGCACAAAGAUACAGGGACACACAGACACAAAGAUUUUUCACAGAUGGCAGCCAAGGGCCUAACAACUCCCAGCAAAGCCAGGAUGACUGCCUACCUGCUCGAAUGCAAUGUGCUUCAGCUCAGCACAAUGCUGCCCCGGAGUGGCAGCAGUCCAACUCAAAAGCGCCUCAGAUGCAGCAACAUCUUCUCCCGGAAUCGUCUGAGAAGAAAACCUUUCCUCAGAAUCAGCAAUCCAACUGCUACCUCUCCCCAAUGCAAUCAGAGCACUUAAAGGAAGACAAAGACUUGCAGGAGAUCCUCUCUUCAGAGUUUGUGACAACACAGCAACAGCACUGUCAUCUUCAACGCCCGUUGUCCCACCCACCACAGUUUGAAGCCCAGCAGCUAAAGUCCCCCACUUAUAGACCUCGCAGCCAACCUCCACCAGGUCAGCACCAGCCUCAACCAAACCAGCCUUUCAGUAAUAACCUUCAACACACUGACCAAUCAGCAUUUACCUUUAGUAACACUGAGAUGCAACAACCGCAACAUCAAAGACCUUGUCUCGUAAACUCAGGCAGCCAAAACCUCAAACACUUUCAACCACAGCAGCCUAACAACCACUGCAGUGAGCCCAACCAGGUGGACUUAGCCCAGACCUCCACACACUCACAACCUCACCUCCCACAGGCUCCGUUUAACCAGCAAUCAGCAACACGGUUGUAUCCCAAAGCUGAAGAGCAGAUGAGGGCUUCUUGUACUCAGUUUCAAACAGGACCUCGACUACCUCUGGGACCGCCGAGUCCCCAUGUUGACUUUCAGAGCCAUGCGGCCCUGCGUAUGCAUAUAUUACAAAAGCAGAAACGCCAUGGCCCUCCUCACCACUCUCAAAACUCAGUUGAUAACAAACAAAACCUGAGAGCCGUAAAAAUAGAAAACGGGCCCAGGUUCGAGCUGGCUGCCUCACGGCAGCAAGAACGGCUGUUCCAGAUCCGUGACGCACGGAUCGGUGGGGUUGAAAUCAAGCAGGAAAACGAACAAACCCUGUGUGUUCAAAAUAAGAAGGGAGGGAGCAUUCUCGCCUCGAUGGAACAAAGUUUGAUGCAGUACGAGCCCUCGAAUCUCUUUGAAAAGAAGCCCCUUGUUGUCGGUUCAUCAAAUAACGUCAAGGUGGAAUCGUCAGGUGCCGUCACCAUCCUAUCGACCAACACGGAUAUGACCGGGGCAGACUUGUCAGCCACAGCGGCUUCAUCCAAUUCAGCACUGAAAAAAACAUUGGACUCAACUCCCAAGAAGGACCAACUCCUGAAAAGUUUCAUAGAUUCCCCCAUGAAGUUGUUAGACACCCCGGUAAAGAAUCUUCUGGAUACACCCAUGAAAACCCAAUACGAGAUCCCAUCAUGUCAUUGUGUUGAUCAAAUCAUUGAGAAGGAUGAGGGCCCCUACUACACUCAUUUGGGAUCAGCACCUACUGUCGCUGGAAUACGGGAGUUGAUGGAGAAAAGGUCUGGUCUCGCUGGCCCAGCCAUCAGGAUCGAGAAAGUCAUUUACACCGGCAAGGAGGGGAAAAGUACACAAGGAUGCCCAAUAGCAAAAUGGGUGAUUCGACGAUCCAGUGUAGAGGAAAAGGUACUGGUUCUGGUCCGUGAACGUACCGGUCACAGAUGCGACACUGCCUGCAUUAUAAUUGUAAUCCUGGUCUGGGAGGGCAUCCAGCCCAGUUUGGCUGACCACCUCUACCUCGAGCUGCGUGAAACUUUAAUGAAACACGGAGCUCACACACAGAGACGCUGUGCUUUUAACGAGGAGAGGACCUGCGCAUGCCAGGGCUUUAACCCUGAAGCCAGUGGUGCGUCCUUCUCUUUUGGUUGCUCUUGGAGCAUGUACUAUAAUGGCUGCAAGUUUGCCCGGAGCAAAAUCCCAAGGAAGUUUAAGCUCCUAGGAGAUGACGUCAGAGAGGAAGAAAACCUUGAGAAGAAUUUUCAAAAUCUGGCAACAUUGCUGGCUCCGCUGUAUAAAACGAUGGCACCUGAGGCCUAUGGAAACCAGGUUGAACAUGAGCACAGGGCUCCAGAUUGUCGUUUGGGGCUGAAGGAGGGUCGGCCCUUCUCCGGAGUUACUGCAUGUUUGGAUUUUUGUGCCCACGCUCACAGAGACCUCCACAAUAUGCCGGGUGGAAGCACUGUGGUGUGUACCUUAACGAGGGAGGAUAAUCGAGAGAUUGGAAAGAUACCAGAUGAUGAGCAGCUUCAUGUCUUGCCUCUUUAUAAGGCUUCUAACACGGAUGAGUUCGGCAGUGAGGAGGGCCAGCAGGAAAAAAUGAAAUCAGGGGCCAUUCAAGUCCUCAGUGCCUUCCGUCGCCAGGUGCGCAUGCUGGCAGAGCCUGCCAAGUCUUGUCGGCAGAAGAAGCUGGAAGCGAAAAAGGCAGCCGCCAACAAGAAUGCCACGUUGGAAAGCUCCAAUGAUAAAGCUGAAAAGGCUCUUCUGGCCAAAUCAAAGGCCAGCACUUAUGAGAGUACUGGUCAGAGCGCUCCAUUUACAGGCGCUGUCGGAGCCCCGCUUCAGUCAGGUCACCCAUCAUAUCCCCUCGGUGCCAUGCCUCAGCAAAUUCAGCAGCCGCACCGGGGUGUGUUCCCCCCUUACCCUGCUUCGCCUAAUACAGCUCUCCAAAGGUUCCCCAACAGUCCAGGAUCUUUUCCAGGUUCUCCAAAGCCCAGGAGCAUGUACUCUCCUCAGUCGUCAACCCCAGCCAUGCCUUACCCUCCUUCAUUUCCAAACUCUUACAUGAACGGGCCUAAUCGCCUACAGCCAGGUCCCCAAUGUAAUGGAGGAAUGCCUGUCGAGGGUUUCCAUCCGUUCUAUCGCCAACAACAGCCAGCCAUUUUCCCUGAGCAGCAGUGUGUUGCACAGCAACGCUUUGAGCUCAAUUAUCCAGCGAGGUACGGUCAGCCAGGCUUCCAGGUCAAUGGUUACAGCGCCAUGCAACACCCUCAACCCAUGAGACAUUACGGUCCUUUUGGCCACAACAGAACCUCAGAUGGCCGAUUUGACCCGCUAUCAGGAGCUGCCUCUGUUAAUGGUGCCGUGGAUUAUGCACUUGCUGUAGGGAAAGGAAACCCGUUUGGAGAAUACCCAAAUCCAUACCUCCCUCAGAGCCCACACAUCCCAGGCCAGGAUUCCUUCCGUAUGCAAAUGCAGACAGAGAUGGGCAUGCCUAACCCACAAGUGCUUCCAGCUCAGCUCAGUGGCGGCUGUUUAAAUGGCGAAGCACACAUCAAGCAGGAGCCCGGAAUGCCGCAGACACCCACGACCCCCAAAAAACCAGAGAUGUGGUCGGACAACGAGCACAACUUUUUGGAUCCAGAGAUUGGUGGUGUGGCCGUAGCUCCCAGUCAUGGCUCUGUCCUCAUCGAGUGUGCGAAGCGGGAGCUGCACGCCACAACACCGCUCAAAAAUCCUGAUCGUAACCACCCAACGCGGAUCUCCUUGGUUUUCUACCAGCACAAGAACCUGAAUGAGGCAAAGCACGGGCUGGCGAUGUGGGAAGCUAAGAUGGCAGAAAAGGCUCGAGAGAAGGAGGAGGAGGCUGAGAGGAACGGCGGGGAAGGAACUCCAAGCAAGAGCAGCAAGAAGGGCGGGAAGCGGGAGCAUCUAGAGUCUUCAGAGACCACUGGGGAACCUCCAUACAAACGCUUCAUAAAGGCACUAAUGGAAGGAUCGUCAUCAUCAUUCACAACCAAUACUCACGUAAUGACUACUCCGUAUGCAUUUACCAAGGUCACGGGACCUUACAGUCAGUUUGUGUAGAAGACAACGUCCAGGGAAGUUGAAGGUGCUAAAACACAAUUCACACGGAUCAAAUCACUAACGGAAGCCUUGUGAUGAAUAAAAACACACUGUUUUUCCUCACUUCUUACAAAACCAAGCUUUACUAGGUGAUCCUUGGGAGGACGUGGUAACUCUUGCAAUAUACCUGAAAAAUCUGUGGUGCUUCAAGUCUAACACACAAGGAUCUCUUUUCUGCUGGAAACAAAGUUUCAUUUAUGCUGGCUUUAUUUUUCUUACAGAGUUUCUAAUCUUUGCAUAAAGCACUGACUUUGUAAAGUCCAGAACUCCAGGGGCUGAUAAGUCUACUAAUCACCACUUUUUUUAUUCAGAUGCCUUCACACUAAAACCAGAAUGCACUCUACAAGAUAUCCCCACGAACAUCUCCAUCAUUUCUAGGAAGUCUGUGUUUCUCGGAGCACUUUUUUUUUUUAUCAUUUGAAUCUAAUGUUUCAGACAUCAGUACAUAGAAAGAUACCCUGGAUAUGCUCUAUAAAAAUAUGUAUACAGGUGGAACUCUGUAAAUGAGAAUAUCAUGAAAAAUUUGAUCAAUUUUGUGUUUCAAUGCAAUUAAGGGAAGCCUAUUUUAAUCGAUCCGUAACUUAAAGUAGGGUGCCAUCAAAAUGGUUCAACUGUAACUUAAUAAAUGCUGUCAGUAAGGAAGAACAUAGGAAAAAGAAGCUGAAUGCUACCAUCUUAGUUCCUUUAGCAUAGCGAGCCCAUGUUGAAAACAUUAUUUCCUCUUGUCUUUUGGUUUGUGUAAUAGAGCUUCAUCCACUCGUUAACUUUUUUGUAGUUGUA